CCAUGAGGUCUACUAUGCAGCAGAGGAGGAGGGUGGUUAGAGGACACCACCAUCAUCAUUCCGCUCAAUAAUUCGACUGUGUUAAUGGUGGUUUAGUGAUAACGGCGCCGAUUUACCAAUCAGGCGUUUACAGCCUGCAGGAUUUAUGGCCUUUAAUAAAGCCGUAGAACCCGGUAGUGCCGUUCAGUUGAGCUCGCGGCUGGAGAGGAGACGGAACCGACGGUGAAGAGUUCGCAGGUUUUUCACCUGGGACCUGAGAGGACGAGAAGGUGUGUACUGCUGAAGCAUGUCUGACAGGCUGGGCUUUGAGAUGGCUGAUAGAGUGUCCAAUGGCGCCCCUGGUGGUGAGGAGCGGAGUAGCGGAGCGACGAAGAAGAAGCCCAAAGCCUUCAGCACCUCCCACCGCACCCCCAAGGAGCGUGCACCCAUCCCUGCUCUCUUCAUGGCUGCUGUGGGAGGUGCAGGAAGUCCUGGUGAGAAGUCCUCCAUGUUUAAGAGAGUGGACUCUGUCCGUAGAAGUAUGGGUCUGACAAAAAAGGAAAAGUCGCCAAGACGACCACCUUUGACCUUUUCUCCUGAUGCAGAGGUCCAAAAGGUCACCAAGGGGUCAGAGGUCAGCCAGUCGUACACCCUGUCCCCUGAUCCCGCCGCAUCACCCUCAGGUGCAGCGAGUCCUGGAAUGAACGCCAUUUUUAAGAGAAUGGGCUACGUCCGUAGAAGCCUGGGUCUGACAAAAAAGGAAACGUCGCCGACACAACAAUUUCUGCCACCCAUUCCUGAUGCAGAGGUGCAAAACACAGAGGUCAGAAAGGUCACCCAGAGUGCAAAGGUCACCCAGAGUGCAGAGGUAACCCUCCCCCUCAGCGAGUCGUACACUCUGCCCCCUGGACCCUCUGCUCCACCCUCAGUGAUGGAGGUGAAUAAUUUGAUUGACGGCUGUGAUCUGCUGGGUGCUCUGGUGAACCUGCUGUCUCUGCGUGAGGAGGUGCGGAGCGCCUCACCUGUGGAGCUGGCGCACCUGGAGAAGGACCUGCACCUGCUGUACGGCGCGCUGCGCACCAAGAUGGCCGCAAUCGUGCGUCAGUCCAGCGCGCUGCCCGCCCGCAACAAGGAGCUGCUGGUGCAGGUGGCGCGGGUGGUGCAGGAGGAGGAGCGGAGGGAGGGGGGGGCGGGGGGGCUGGGGGGGUGGAGGGACUUCUGGCGGGACGCCGUGCGGGACGGUGUGAGGGACGUGCUGCAGGCCGUGCACCUGGACACACCUGAGCGCAACACUUCCUGGUUGGCCGUGCACCUGGGGCUGCUGGGAAAAGCCAUUGUGGAGAACCUGGAGAGGGUGAAGGCGGAGCUACAGGCCUCGUACCCGCCAAGUUUCCGCGUCUUCGACCACUACGUGGACGCUUGGCACGGGGCGGUGACCGCACACCUCACAGACCUGAUCGCCAAGGUGACCGAGGUCAAAGACUCCUACGCCCUACUGGACUUCAUAGGCAACCAGUACGAGAGUGAGAGGAUUCUGGGUAAUGUAGGCCUGCAGCCUGAGAUGAGGGAGGAGCUCAGACAUCUAACUCUGGAGGAGGAGCUACUGAACAAGAUCAAGGACCAAUACUGCAAGCAGUUACAGGCUGAGGUGAAGGCUCUGCUGGAGGGUGUGAUCCGUGUGGAGCGUGAGACCCUCUGGGAGCCGAAGACAAAGUCCAAGGAGCAUGAUGAGGCAAAAUGCCCCUUAUCCCCGAUGGUGAUGGACAUCAGACAGAUGGUGGCAGGGAAGGAGAAAACUUCUAGAACCCUUAGCACUGAUUUGGGACUAAGGACUACACACAUUUGCCUAAAGGAGCUAGAGCGCUUUCCUACGGAGUUAGAGCGUGAGUUCUCUUGCUGCGUGCGUCCACUCAUCUCCCCCCCGACUGACGUGUUGGACCAGAGUCUCUGGGUCACGUACCACAUCACUUACAUCAACAGCUUCAUCGCUCUCCGGGAGCACAUGGAGAGCUACAAGGACAGCAGUCCAGAUCAGGUGACCCAACUGAGCAGGAGUCUGGAGAAGGCGAACAGUAAACUGACACACACUCUACUGCAGCAGCUCAAGACCGACAUCAGCCCUUUCACAGCAAGCCUGAUGACCAAGCACUGGCUGAACGACGACGAAGACUUCAAGGAGCUGUGCGAGCGCGUCCAGAACCUCUAUGACCUCUGCACCGAGAUGAAGCAGCCACAACUACAGGAGUUUGUCAAACAGCUCCACCUGCUGGUGAUGAGGGAGUACGUCACCCCUCUGCUGCACUCCUCCUACUCCUGCAAGGGCAGGAAGAACCAACAAGCUGCAGAGAAGCUGCAGGAGCAGUGGACUCAACUCAGCACGCUCUUCCAGCGCAUGAAAUCAUCUGAAGACUGGCUCCACCCCCUCGGAGACCACCUGAGUAAAAUCAUUGGUCAGAAAAAUGAGAGUGACAUCACUAAAGCCAUCCUGCAGCCCCUGGUCACGGAUUUCCCCGACAUCAGUGAGAAGCAGCUGCAAGCUGUGCUGAAUUUCCGCGCCAGCAUGUGGACUCCUGAGCGCAUACGCGUCCAGCACCGCGUGGCCAAGUUAAAACAGCAGGGCGGCGCCACACACACACACAUGAGGUUCUUCACCGAGAUGCAGUGAUGGAGAAAACGGAAACCGCAGCGGUCUGUGUUUGUUUCUACUUUGGACAUUUCAAAUCUUUAAGGGUUCUCCCGUACCUUCUCUGAAACAUCUUAUCAUGGUUUGGCAUAGUACUAUAUUGGUAAAUUAUAUACAAUCUGUUUAUGUCUGUGUUUAUAUUUGUGUCCACUGCACUUGCAUUUAUUUGAUGUCCUUGUAAAUAAUGCAGUUGCAUUCAUUUGAUUUCUGUAAAUAUUUAGCAAUUAUUUAUAUGAAUAUAUGUUACAUUAUUUUAGGGUUUCUUGGGUGUUCAGUAUAAAUGUCAACCCAAUCCAGUGAACUAUAGUGAGCUGGUGAGGCGCAGAGGACACAAACACAACAUCACAAAAUGGAAACGGCCGAUCUUCAGAAAUUGUAGUUCAUUCUAAAAACUAUUGUAAUAGUUACAUGGAGUAAGAAUGUUUCCUUGAAAUGUACAGCCUGUCAUGUCCAACAAAUAAAAAUAUAUACAUGUAUAAAAUCAGAAAAAGUUGGGAUGUUGUGUAAAAGCCAAAUAAAAA